UUAUUAUACUUUAAGGAUAAAAUUGUAUAUCGUUGAUGGUACAUAGCCUAAUAAAAUAUAUCUACAUUGACUAUAUGUGUACGAGUAUUUUACAUACAUAUAUAUGUAGUUUAAUUUAAAACGCCGGGCUCACUAAAUAUACUAAACAAAUACUUUAAAAUCGCUCAACCUAUAAGUACAUACAUACCAUUGUACUCACAUGUACGAGUAUAGGAAUAAGGAAAGUUAACAAAUAUUUAUUCGAAUGGAUUAUUCAUAACUGGAUAAGGUGUCCUAGACCACCACCGUUAUGCAAAUCACUAAGAUGAUCCAUCCAUUGCCUUAUAGCGAUCUUCCAACUGUUUGAUAUUUUGACUUUUGCUAUAAAAUUGAUCUUCUUCAUAAGCGAUUCAUUGUGGUCAGAUUUGUAUGAAGCAAUUUUGAACAAUUACGCACUGUUUUAAUUGAUUUAAGAUACCGCGCAUUGUCCAGAUUCUCGUACACAGAAAGGAAGGUCUAAUAUACCAAAUACAUGGAUCCGAUCGACCGGCAGUCUCUCAUAGAAACGAUACGAACUUUUCUGCCGUCCUGAUAUGUAUGUAUGCGUACAAUUACUAUGCACAUACAUGUGUUAAAAUGCAAAUACAUAUGAACACUAAUUGAAAAGGAAAAAUGUAUAUAUUUUGCCGAUAACCUAUGUAUGUCUGCUUCCGAAUCGAAUUCGAGUGGUCAUUACUUUAGCGACAGUUGUACUUUCUAAACGGUAGUGACGAAAAAUGCUCAGCAUCAAACCGCAAUCGACAGUCGUUAAGAGAAUGUGUUCAGUCAAACAGCAGAUUUUGGUGAUUUUGCGGUAUUUAGUGUGUUUAGCCUAUCUCACUACCGAAUAUGCUGGCGCAGAACGAAUAAUCAAUACCGAUUACGAUUUCACUACGGAAAAUGCACGCGAAGUUCUACGCCUUUCAAAGGCUGCAGAAAUGGUUAAUUAUAUGCAUCCGCAGAUGGAUCCUUGCGAUGACUUUUACCGUUAUGCCUGUGGUAAUUGGCAGGAAAUAAAUCCAGCACGCUUUUCGGAUGGAAAGACUGGCAUAUUUAAUGUUCUAAAGAAUGCCUACAACCGGCGUGUGGUGCGUUGGAUGCGUAAACCCAAACGGAGCAAUGAAUCCGAUAUGGAUCGCAAAGUAAAGUAUUUCUAUGAGUCUUGUUUGAAUAAAACAGAUUUACGAAAGAAUUAUCGCCAGAAGCUACUUUCUGUGUUAGAAGAAUUCGGGGGAAUGCCGGCACUGAAAGGGUCACUUUGGCAGGUUAAUAAAUUUGAUUGGUUGGAAGUGGUUGCAGUUAUUCUGCGAAAAUAUGGCAAGCAGAUCAUUUUAGGCGCGGACGUAUUCGCCGAUUUGACUAAUAACGAAGUGAAUCGCUUAUAUUUGGGACAAUUGGAUAAGUUGGUGACACCACGUGCUGCUGAAUAUUACGCGGUGUUAGCUGUCGCCAGGCAAAUGGAAAUGCACACUGUAUUGGGAAUGAGCCUGCCGUUGGCCUCCAAAACAGCGAUCGAAAUUGUUGAUUUCGAAAGGAGGCUUGCGGAAGGAAAAAUCGAUGCAGAUAAGGGUUUUGGCAUGGAAGACAAAGCUCAACUGACUUUGCUUGAAGUGAUGACCGAUAAUUAUAAGCCAACGCUUAAUUUUACACAUUUCGUCAAUGUUUGGCUGGGUCAUCCAUAUGUGUUGCCCGUUUAUGAAUACGUCGAACCAUACAUAAACAACUUGCGCAGAGUAAUUGAGGAAACACCCAAGGAAGUCGUUGCUAAUUAUAUCAUGUGGGAGCUGUUACAGGAUUUUCGUAUAGAAGCCAAUGACUCCGAUGAGAAGCAUCGUAACAGAUGCGUGGAGCGAACCAAACGUUAUUUUGUCAAAUACGUAGACCAUAUAGUAUACCAGCAAUUAUUCACCAAAAACAAACAAAUUUAUACUGAGAUACAAAUGUUGUGGUUUGAAUUAAAAAAUGUUUUUAGGGACUUAUUGCAGUCAGAGGGAAACAAUUGGAUGUCGGAGUCCACACGUAAUAAGGCAUUGGAGAAACUAUCGGCCAUGUCCAUGGAGAUUAAUUCAUAUGAUCAAGAGAAUUUCGAGAAAUUAUAUGAUGCCUUGGUAAUCAGCACUGAUAGCUACUUCGAAAAUGUCGUUAAUAUUCUAGAGUUACGUGGGCGCAAUUAUCGUCUACGUCUUUUAGAACCUCCAAAGCUUGAUGAGGGAGAAACUCUUAGCUUUACACCUGCUUACGCAGCUGAAUACAACAAAGUUCUUAUUCCAGUCGCCUUUUUGCAGCCUCGUUUUCUUUGGGACAGUGCUUACCCGUCAACACUCAAAUACUCCACAAUUGGCUUCAUUAUUGCACAUGAAAUGGCUCAUGGUUUCGAUGCCAUCUCACGUAAAUACGACGCUCGAGGUAACCUAAAAAAUUGGUGGGAUCGUACGUCUACUGAAGAUUUUGCCAAACGGAAGGAGUGUCUCAAGCAACAGUACAGCGGAUACCGAUAUAAUGGUCGGAAAUUGCCAAAAACAAAUGCCCAGGAUGAAAAUAUCGCCGACAAUGUGGGCGUUCGCAUUGCUUAUAACGCUUACCAGCAGUGGAUGCGGCAGCAUGAUGAUAAUUCGACGUUGCUGCAGUAUGAGAGACUGCCAAAAAUAAAUUUGUCGCCAAAACAACUAUUCUUUUUGAGUUUAGCCCAAGUUUGGUGUACCGAUGUGAAUCGCAAUUGGCGUGAAAUUCUAAUUGCCACUGAUGUACAUGCGCCUGAGGAGGUGCGGGUUAUUGGAAUGCUAUCGAAUUUCGAAGAAUUUGCAAAGGAAUUCCAGUGUGAACCGAGCGCGCGGAUGAGCCCGAAGCGGAGAUGUGUUAUUUAUUGAAAAGGCCAACAGCAUACAUUCGAUUUUAUUGUUAUAUCGCACAAAUAAGAAUAAACGUAGAACAAUGUAGCUACAACUACAAGUAUACUAUUUAGUGAUUUAUGUACGAAUGACUGUUAGCUAUUAAUAUUCUCGUGACCAUGGAUUUGCGGAAGUGUUGAAAAAUAAGAUCGAGAAGAACAUGUACGAGUACAAUGUCAAGUACGCCUCCUUUUGAUUACAAAAUAACAAAAUAUGUACUUUCGUUAUCGCUUAAAAAAAUUUAAAAUUAUGAAUAUGUGUUCGCAAAUCCAGCGUUAAUUAGUGGUUCCGGAUUUUAGACCUAUGGACCGGUGGCUUCACUUAAUGAUGAAUUCUUUUCACCACAUUUGUUAAAUAAAUAUAUUUAAUCGUUUAUUUUUAGAAAAUUCUGUACUUACCAAAACUUUGGCUCACCCAUAUACCGACCAUAUCCAAUUUCAGCAAAGUGUAGUAGACGUGUUCUCCACUUUCAAUAUUCAUAAAGAGAUGGUAAAUAAAACUUCCACACCAUGGUGCUACCGAGCCGAAAAGAUGGCAAAAUGAUAAAAACCGGUAUUCCUGCUCCCAUGGCAUAAGACCUGGUACAAUUGCCAAUAUGUAGAAAAUCGGUAUGGCUGUGAAUUAGACAAACAAUCCUUAAAUUAUGAUAUUUCUAAUAAAGUGCAUAUUAUAUAUGGUACAAAUACAAAAUUUCUUAUGUAUUCCAUUGAUAUUGAUAAACAUAUAAAUAACUACAUAGAUGGAAAUAGCCGUAAUAAGGGAUCCACAUGAUUAUUAUUAAUACAUUGUAUAAUAAAAACUGUAGUAUGUAUUGUGAUCAAUAUUCUAUCACACUAUCUGUGUCAACAUCUCAUAGUCGGAGAUAUUCAUACAAGCACGCAAACCAUACGGAUUCUCUUUAUUCUCAAUAUUUACACACAACACCGAAAAGAGUAAUCACAACAGUACUAUACAAUAAUACAAUGAACAAAAUAUAAAUCAAUUUGCGC